GGAACAGAGUCUGAUGGUUGCGAGUUCUGUUUAGGUUCGCUUGGUUAAUACUUUCGUGAAAGUCUCUUCUCGGUCAACUUUUCAAAUUUCUUUCUUUCCGCCGAAGGAUUACAAAUUCCUGGAUAUUUUCUUUUCAGGACUCUCCUAAUCAAUGGCAAUAUGUUCAGGAAGACAUCUUUGAAAAGGAAUUUCAAGUUUGUAUUACUUGCAUUAAUGACAAUAUUUGCUGUGGACUUUUUGUUGACUGCAACGGAAGGUCUACCAAAAUCAAUUCCGUCUUCAGUCCGAUCUCUUGCCUUCAGUCGGAACGGUUCAGCGCCAAACUGUCCAAGUGUAAGACUAUCUUCCAAAGUCUUACCUAAUAUUGCGCUGGUUAGUUACCCUGGCUCGGGCAAUACGUGGACGAGGCACCUCAUCCAACAACUGACAGGGAUUGCUACAGGAUCGGUGUAUAUUGACGAGGCAUUGCGACUCAACGGUUUCCCUGGUGAGAGUCUGUCCAACGGUUCUGUAGUGGCAGUGAAGACACACGAGUAUUAUGAAGGCAAACGUUAUACCAGAGCUAUUCUUCUCAUAAGAAACCCGUAUGAAGCAUUCCUGUCCCUAUUCAAACUUAUAAAGUCAAACCACACAGGAGAGCUCACUGUCGACAAAUAUGGGAAAGAUUGGGAUGAAUUUGCAUUCAAGGAGAUUGAUCAUUACCACAAAUUACUUGCCUCCUGGAUGAAGCAUCGGGAUGUACUGCUCAUCUUCUAUGACGCACUGAAACAGAAUCUGACACAGGAGUUAGUGAAGAUUAAAGCGUUCCUAGGAGAGUCGGAUAUUGCAGGAGACAUCCGCUGUGCCAUGAUCAACUCUGCUGGAACAUUCCACAGAAAAAAGAUCGGACUCACUUUGGAUUUCUUCUAUUCCAAAAAACAAAUUAAGUCUGUAAAUAUGUUUAUUGAUCAAAUGCGGAAGAUGUUGGAAGACCGGUUUGGAAAGAUCACAGUGGAUAUGGACGCGUGGAAGUUGUGAUCAUAAUGCAUCUGUUUCAUUUAUAUAGCAUAGGGCGGUGGGGUAGCUUAGUGGUAUGCCAAUUUUCCCAUAUGGGAACAUGUAAUAAACGUCUUUGUAACUUUUUUAUGCGUGAAGAAGAAGAAGAAUAUUUUU